ACACAUAUUAUUUCAUGCUGAGGGAAGAAGUUCCAUAGAGCACCUUUAUCAAUCUCAUUUAUUACUUACGGCGCGAGAGGGAUUACGUAGCAUGGUAUCCAAUGUUCCAAAUUUUUAGAGACGUAUCGAAUUUCAUACUAAUUGCAGGUAGCUCAUAUGUACAGAGUGAUAUGCGCUAUGUCGUGGAAGGUUUGCUCGACAACUUAACAUACAAUGAAACUGACGGCGAAGAUGAUCUUACUAAAUGGUUGCGCCAAGAGGCUGUAAGAUGGGCUUGUAUUUUUGGUGAUACGGAGUGUCAAGAAAUUGCUAAAAUGAGAUUGGAGAAACACUUAGAAGAUCCCAAAAAUCACAAACUUUCGCCGGAGUGGAGAGAAUGGACGUACUGUAAAGGUGCGAUGAAAGCAAAUGAGAGUGUUUUGCAGAAACUGGAAGAUUUAUCACACUGGAACAGACAUUCCAUACUUUCCUGUUAUACCAUCUUUGUUGAUUAUGCAGUGGAACAUGAGCCAGACGAAAUCAUAAGAAUUGUAAAGGAGUACAAUGCUGCAGAUUCCGAUAAAAAUAAACUAUUAUUUGUUACUAUAAAUCAUUUAUAUUCCAAAGAUAAACUUGAACAGAUGGGCAUCGAUCUAUGGGAUUAUAGACCGGAGGCACCAACAAUAUGUGAUGAUCUUGAUGGUGUUAUCAAAAGACGCUUGCGUCAAAUCGUGGUCCAAAGAGAGAGAUUUAUGAAGUUAAAAGACUAUUAAUUGCCUAUUUGUAAUUGGUGCUAAUUGCUUAAAUGUAGAAACAAAGUGUUCAUGUGUUAAUGCAGUUGUAAGAACAUUGUAUAUCAAAAAAUAAGUAAAUAAAAAUUUAUUUGUCGCAAGUUGACAUGUUAUUAUGUAUUUUGCAGAAGUUUGCCUCGCUAUAAGAUGGAACUUACGAAGUGCAUAAACAUUCUAAAAUCUUGUAAAAUUAUUUUAAUCUUAUUAGUAAUAGUAUAAUUUGUUGCGCCAAAAAAAGUUAAAAUGAAGUUUAGAGUGCAGUUUAGUUAGAUGCAUUGAUUUUCUGCCGUUAAGAGUAAUUAUCCGAAUUUCCGUAAAUUUAGCUGUUGCUGUACAUAUAAUGUAUGUACUAACGCGAUUAUUUGUACAUAUUAAGAUAUAGACUAACGUGUCAAUUCAAUUUUCUACAUUUUGUAUGUUUUUUUACAUAUACUGGGCCGCUUCUAUCACAAUAAUGAUCACAGUGAACUUCGCGAGAGUAUCUUGUUGUACGUGUAGGAGCUUCCUCUUAGUCUGUACCAUUUGAUGAUGUGAAUAAAUAGUAGUUGAAUAAUUGAAUAAUCAUACGCAAAUCUCUAGUGCUGUAUAAGUUAUGAAUUUAUUGAAAAUACUUGUACAGAGUAUAUCGCGAUUGGCACCAAACUGUUUCGAUUGUCAAGAUUUAAUAAAACCAAUC